AUAUCGAGUAGCGGCUUAUUUUGGAGGCCAUAAACUCGUAUUAGAGUAUCAAUCACCCAACAAAAAAUAUUUUCCUGUCGCUUAUUUCACUUCAGGAGCUGGUUGUCAAACGAGUAAGAAAGCUUGUAAAGGACAUGAUUGGAUUGCUCCAAGAGGAACUUUAGGAUUUUUACACGCUUCGUCGAAUGAAUCAAAUUUUGAAAAAGAAUUUGAAGAGUUAACUAAUUAUAUUUUUGUUUUAAGUGUUA